UCCGGAGGCGGCGGCCAAAGUGCGACGGAGCAAAUCCCUUCCCCUUCGAGCAGUCUCGCGACGCAGGUACUUUCCAUGGCGCCGUUCCCGUCCUCGAUGAGUACUUUAAUUCGUGCUUUGGUUCUCUGCCAGGAUCUCCCCCAAUCUUCUGUCAUGUUCUCGUCGUCGCCCCAAUCUUCUCUCAUGUCGUCGUCGUGCCUUGUGUUGGGCAUGUCUUCUAGUGCACGCAAGAGAAGGAUCCGUCUUGAAGCUGAGGCCAGUCAGGCCGCCGUACUGGCCAUGGCACGCCGUACUCGAAAAUGGGGUGGGUCGGUUCCAAUGCAUCGUGUUAUUUUGAGGGAUAGGGAAGCAGCGUGGGCCGAGCUUCACAAGCGUUAUUUCGCAGAACAUCCAAUGUUCGAUGAUGCCACAUUCCGGCGCCGGUUUCGGAUGAAGAGAAGCUUAUUCAUUAGGAUAUAUGAGAAGCUUGCCGCUAAGAACGAAUAUUUCCAGCAGAGACCGGAUGGCAUUCGACGCUUGGGUUUUCAUGGCAAGUAUAAGUGCGUCGUGGCUAUGCGAAUGCUUGCCUAUGGCACUAUAGCCGACUCCCUUGAUGAUGGGUAUGCCAUGGCAGAGAGUACCGUGUUGGAAUGUGUUAAGGAGUUUGCUAGCACGGUCAUUGCUGAGUUUGAAGAUGAUUACCUGCGACCACCUAACCAGGCUGAGCUGAAUCGUAUUCUUGCAGAGAAUGAGGCUCGAGGAUUUCCCGGGAUGAUUGGUAGUAUCGAUUGCAUGCAUUGGGAGUGGGGUGCUUGUCCGGUUGGUUGGCAAGGGCAGUAUGUUGGACGAAAGGGUCGACCGACUGUUGUCCUUGAGGCUAUUGCAACAAAAGACUUGCGUGUGUGGCAUGCAUUUUUCGGAAUGCCGGGUUCAAGCAAUGACCUCAAUGUGUUGGAUCGGUCUCAUGUGUUUGAUGAUCUGUUGAAUGGAAGAACUCACCCUGUAGAAUUCUUUGUGAAUGGAAAUAAGUAUGACAUGGCUUAUUAUCUAGCUGAUAAGAUAUAUCCUGAUUGGGCGACGUUUGUUAAAACUAAGAGUGACCCUAUGAAUCCCAAGGACAGUACAUUUGCUGAAGCUCAAGAAGCUGCAAGAAAGGAUGUGGAGCGCUGUUUCGGUGUUCUCCGGUCCAAGUUUCGGAUUAUUCAGCAAGCAGGCAGACUGGGAACUAGGCAAAUGAUGAGUACAUGA